AUGGCCUUUAUGUCUUACCGCGCAGCUGAUGGCGCGCGCAAGGACGUCUACGCAGAAUUGCCGCUCAUCAACAACGAACGGUUGAAAUUCGACAGCACAACGCCGUUCAUCCCUGAUUACGUCAAGCGCAAUGUCACUGGUUCCACAAACCCCGCGCACGCAUACGCGAGUCGUGUCGAAGGUCGCCAGAUCCUCCUCGACAACCCCGCGCGGGAGAGCAAAGCCAAGAAGGCGCGCGAAGAACAGCGCGCGAAACGAGUGUCUGAGCGUGCCCGCAGGGCAGCUGGGGUGAUCAGCAAGAAGGAGGGACAACAAAAGGGGCUAUGGAGGUUGCGGAAGGAGGAAACCAAAUACCAAUUGUUCCUACCGCUGCACUCCCUCUGGUUGGGCUACAUGUCGGAACUGCUCUCUUUGUCGGUACAACCUGCGACAAUUCCCGAAAAUGCGGCUGCGGCAAUGCCCAGCGCCGCUGGGAUGCACUCAAAACUCCUCAAGGCAGACUUCCACGGUGCCGUGCUGACCGUUCGGCAGAGCAAGAAUCCGUGUCUGGUCGGACUCUCCGGGAUCGUUGUUCAUGAAACAGAAAACGCGUUCAAGAUGAUCACCCAGAAGGAUCAGCUCAAGCUGAUUCCUAAGCAGAACAGUAUUUUUGCGUUCGCCGUCCCAUUAUACGCCACAUCGCUGCACGCCACGCCGCUGCACGCCACGCCUGCACUGCCUUCGCCGUCGUCAUCGACGCCGCAACCGCCUCGCACGGUACUCGACAUGCCCCACAUCGAGUUCGAGCUCUACGGGAACCACUUCUGCUUCCGCGCCGCGGAACGUGCUGGCCGAAAGUUCAAACACAAAGAGACGAUAGAACUUUGA